AACAGUGUUGUUAUCAUGGCAGCGGGAGCCGGGACAUCGGGCCCUGCUUCCGGCCCGGGCGUUGUGCGUGACCCGAUGGCGUCACAGCCAAGGAAACGGCCCAGCCGAGAGGGCGGGGAGGGCGCGCGGCGGUCGGACACGAUGGCGGGAGGAGGCGGGAGCAGCGACAGCGGCGGCCGGGCGGCCGGGCGGCGGGCAUCGCGCAGCGGCGGCCGGGCUCGGCGGGGGCGGCACGAGCCGGGGAUGGGAGGCGCGGCGGAGCGGGGCGCGGGGGAAACGCGGCUGGAGGAGGCGGUCAACCGCUGGGUGCUCAAGUUCUACUUCCACGAGGCGCUGCGGGCCUUUCGGAGUAGCCGGUACCGAGACUUCAGGCAGAUCCGGGACAUCAUGCAGGCGUUGCUUGUCAGGCCCUUGGGGAAGGAGCAUACGGUGUCCCGGUUGCUGCGGGUUAUGCAGUGUCUGUCGCGCAUUGAAGAAGGGGAAAAUUUAGACUGUUCCUUUGACAUGGAGGCUGAGCUCACGCCCCUGGAAUCAGCUAUCAAUGUGCUGGAGAUGAUAAAAACAGAGUUUACACUGACAGAAGCAGUGAUCGAAUCCAGUAGGAAGCUGGUCAAGGAGGCCGCUGUCAUUAUUUGUAUCAAAAACAAAGAAUUUGAAAAGGCUUCAAAAAUUUUGAAAAAAUACAUGUCCAAGGACCCCACAACGCAGAAGCUACGAACCGAUCUCCUGAACAUUAUUCGAGAAAAGAACGUGGCCCACCCUGUUAUCCAGAACUUUUCUUAUGAGACCUUCCAGCAGAAGAUGCUGCGCUUCCUGGAAAGCCACCUUGAUGACACGGAGCCCUACCUUCUCACGAUGGCCAAAAGGGCGCUGAAGUCAGAAUCUGCUGCUUCAAGUACAGCAAAGGCAGAAAAGCACCCAGUCCCAGAGCCCGCGGAACAGCCAUCUCGAGAGCCUCCAAGACAGCCUCGGAACACUCCACCCACCAUCGGAAUGAAGACUCUGAAGGCAGCUUUCAAAGCUCUGUCUACUGCACAAGACUCAGAGGCAGCUUUUGCAAAACUGGACCAGAAAGAUCUGGUACUUCCUAAUCUAGCAUCCCCAUCAUCACCAACCCACAAAAACAAGAGACCCAGGAAAGAUGGCCAUGAAAGCUCAGCUCCUGCUGAGGGUGAGGGAGGCUCAGAACGGCAGCCCAAGAACAAUCGCAUGACAAUAAGCAGAUUGGUUUUGGAGGAGGACAGCCAGAGUACUGAGCCCAGCCCAGGCCUCAACUCCUCCCAGGAGGCCAUGUCAGCGUCACCGGCCAAGCCCAGAGCUCUCAACCAACCCCACCCAGGGGAGAAGAAUCCCAAAAUAUCCAAAGACAAGUGGAACAGCCCUAACGGGCUUGAAGAGAAGGAAGUUUGGAUGGAAGAGGACCAGCUGUUUCAAGUUCAGGCCCCAAGUGAAGACAAGUCAUCCAGUUUAACAAGAAAGCAGAAGUGGACCAUAGAAGAAAGCGAGUGGGUGAAGGCUGGCGUGCAGAAAUAUGGGGAAGGAAACUGGGUUGCCAUUUCUAAGAGUUACCCCUUUAUUAACCGAACAGCUGUGAUGAUUAAAGACCGCUGGCGGACCAUGAAAAAACUUGGCAUGAACUGAAGAGGGCGUCCAUUUCCACAGGAUUCAUAAGAGCAUGGUUCUGAACAACAGUCCCUGAUGCUGUGAUCUCCCUCAGAAGCUGGG